AUGGUCAACGGGGCACCAUCGAAACCUUUCAAGAUGGAAAGGGGACUUCGACAAGGCAACAUGUUAUCACCAUUUCUAUUUGUGCUUGUUGUAGAUGUGUUGAACAGGAUGAUAGGGGAGGCGGUAAGGAAUAGGAGAAUAGCCACUCUCUUAGUCGGUAGGGAUAAUAUAGAGCUAUCAUACCUUCAGUUUGCUGAUGACACUAUAUUAUUUUGUCCGCUGGAGGAGGAGACGGUCAGAAAUUACAGGAGACUCUUGAGGUGCUUUGAAGUAAUGUUCGGAUUGAGUAUCAAUUUUGACAAGUCCAGUUUGAUACUGGUGAAUUGUAGCCAGGAGUUGGUUGAUCGAAUGUGCCAAUUAUUAGGGUGCCAGGCGGCAAGUCUAUCAGUGAAGUACUUGGGUAUUGAACUAGGAGCAAACCCAAAGCUAGUUAAAACAUGGAAGCCAGUAAUAGAUAAAGUGGAGGAGAAACUUAGUAUGUGA